GUCACGUGCCGGGCGCGCAGCCUAUGGGGAGCCGCGGUGUUGCGGGGUGCGCGGGAGGAAGCGUCCGCCGCGGUCCCGGCCCGCUCCCGGCCCUCUCGGCGGCCCGGCAUGCGCUGAGCGCCCCCGCCCCUGCCGCAGCGCGCCCGCCCGGCGGCCGCCGCCCCUCCGAGGCGUGAAUGACAGAGGAGGUGCCCCCGACUGCGCUUACUGACGUAAACCUGCGUCUUCUCUGCCACGAUGACAUAGACACAGUGAAACAGCUCUGCGGCGACUGGUUCCCCAUAGAGUACCCUGACUCAUGGUACCGAGAUAUCACUUCCAACAAGAAGUUCUUUUCCCUUGCAGCCACGUAUAGAGGCUCCAUCGUGGGAAUGAUAGUAGCAGAGAUCAAGAGCAGAACAAAAGUGCAUAAAGAGGAUGGAGACAUCCUAGCUUCCAAUUUUCCUGUGGACACUCAAGUUGCUUACAUCUUAAGUCUUGGCGUGGUGAAGGAGUUCAGAAAGCACGGAAUAGGAUCGCUCUUGCUUGAAAGUUUAAAAGAUCAUAUAUCAACGACUGCCCAGGAUCACUGCAAAGCCAUCUAUCUGCAUGUCCUCACCACUAACAACACAGCAAUAAACUUCUAUGAAAACAGAGACUUUAAACAGCACCACUAUCUUCCCUAUUAUUAUUCCAUAAGAGGGGUCCUCAAAGAUGGCUUCACCUACGUUCUCUACAUCAACGGUGGACAUCCACCCUGGACAAUCUUUGACUACCUACAGCACAUUGGGUCAACACUAGCCAGCCUGAGCCCCUGUUCAAUUCCCCAGCGGAUAUAUCGACAAGCCCAGAGCCUUCUCUGCAGCCUUCUGCCGUGGUCUGGCAUUUCUGCCAAGAGCGGCAUCGAGUAUAGCCGGACAAUGUGACUUGAUCAGAAGAUGCACAGAAAGCAAAGGAUUGUUCUUCCUUUCAUCUCCUGAACCAUCGGCUCUGCACUGACUCCAGUGAUGCUGGCUUUCAGUCAGUGACCCAGCCCUUUGGAAAGGACUCCUUUUUCCACAGAUCGACCAAGAUUUGGCAGACUUCACGUUUGACUGGCUGCAGCCCUGACUUACCCCUGUGGCCUGGAGUCUGCAAGUGCUACGUGGACAGGCCUGGCUGUCUCGUAAGGCAUCCGCCUGUGCCGUAGGCGAGGGCCUUUUGCUGUCACAGGUCUGUGUGCGUGUCGCACCAUCCCUGCCACUUCCCUUGCCCCUGGCUGGGUCACUUGUAUACGGGAUGCAGAGGGCUUCAGUUGCUGCUCCCACACUGUAGCUGCUGAAGGUGAUGUGAAUGAGGUUAACGAAACUGCACUGUCCAACCAUGUAAAUGAGCCGUAAGCACCCUGGCAGGCCACUGCCAGCAGGGGAGAGUUGGUCCUAGUCGCAGGGUCAGUGGGAAGCUGGGCGGCCCGAGAGGAUCGCUCUGGGUCCUGCUGGGCCAGUGACUGCUGCUGGUGCUUCGUGGCCCCUCGCAGGGGCUCCAGGGAGAGCACCUGCCUCGCGUGAGGGACGACCCCAGCCCCACCGGCCCUUCUGGAGCGACUUAAACAGAAGCAUCCAGUUCAGGAUGCAUCAAGCAGAAGGCAGGGAAAGAAAUUGCUGUUUCAUAGUGAAAUGUAUAUUAUACUGUAGAGAUCUUUCUGCCUCUGUCUGAGUUGGGACUCAGCAGGGGAGGGGGCUGGGGAUGUAGAGCCAUUGCUUCAGCCAGAGCCCUGGGGAGACUUGGUGCAGAGUUGUCCUCUUCCUCUUCCUCCCCUGCAUGUGUCUUCCCUUGGCACUGGUGUCAAACUCUUGCCGGAUCUUUAGGAAUGAGAUCUGUGCGCAGAUCACUAUGGCUUUUAUUUGGCUGUUGAAGGAAAGCCACCACUGCUGCUCACUUGUGUGUUUGAUGCUGCCACGGGCAUGUGCCAGGUGUAUCUGCUGCAGGAGGCUCGUGUCCGCCUGGAUGCGGGAAUCCCUCCCCCGCGGCCAGGUCAGCCUGGUGCGGCUGUCUCAGCUCGGCAGAAGUUAGCAUCACUUCUGCACGGGAGGCCCCGGUGUUCCCACGUGCUGCGGCUGCGCUAGGUCCCCUUCCGUGUGCCUCGGAGUGAGGUUAGGUUGCUGCUUUGCUGGUAGAGUGGGGGGUCUUUGCAGGCAAGUGUUGGAGGCACAGGUAUAGCUGCUCUUCCAGCUCCUGCUGCAAGUCCCCCCCUGCCCUGGCCAAGGCUCUUUCCCUGCUCAGCACCAUGUCACUCACCCCCCCCUCCCCCCCCCCCCCCCGGUGUGCCUGUUUUGAAAUUGGGAAUCGGGGAGGCUGAAGGUUCAGCCGUUGUGCGCGUGCGGGCAUUGCCGGCUCUGGCAGCGGGUGAGCCCGGGGAGCGGGGAUGAGAAAAAUGCAGGACAGCGUUAGACCUAGAGGGAGAAAGAGAACGUCAAGAUCUUGCAGCCCCAAUGAGUGUACAAAGUCAUUUCAAUCUUUGUAGGCCCUUGGGACCGGAGUUAGGCAAUAAAAGGAUGCAGGAGAACUCGCUGUGAGCGGUACUGUGCUGGCUGCUACGUGAGGAGACUGGGACCAGCUCCCAGCUUUGCCUGCUGCUGCCAGGGAGCUGGCUGUGUGCGCCGUGUCGCUGGGCGCGAGGAUGUCUCCGAUGCAGCCGGUCCCUUUGAAUGCGGCUUCCAUGCUGCUGCCCUGCCCGACCUUGCGGCGCUGGCUGCAGGAAGAAGCAUCUUGGUCCGGCCCCAGGGGCUGGUGGAUGUUGCACUUCAGGAACGUAGUGGGCUGUUCUGGGCGGAGGUGCUGAGCCCUGGUCUGGGGCUAGAACAGGUCUAGUUCAAUGGCUGCUCUGACCCAAGGGAAAAUGUUUCCCCGUGAGGACAGGCAAGUCCUGCAACAGGGCCCCAGAGAGGUGGGUGACUCUCUGUUUUCGGAGGCCUUUGAGACCCAAGUGGCCAAAGCCCUGAGAAGUCCAGUCCGAGUCUGAUGUUGACCCUGCUCAGAGGUGGUUGGACUAGAGGCCUCCUGAGGCCUCUGACAACCUCAAUUACUGUUUCUGCUGCAGUUCAGCAAUGAUGGUGAGGCUGCGCUGGGUGGAGCAGGGCAGCACGUGCUGAAAAGCUGCUCUUGCCACCCUGCGCAGUGCAGGCAGGCCGCCCGUCGGUGCGCUCUGCUGGAGCGUGGGGCUCGAGGGGGACUUGGAUGGUUUUUGUGGCAAACAAGCAGUGCAGUGCGGGGAGGGAGCUGCAGGAGGAGACGGGGCUGGCACGCGGCUGCGCGGGGCCGAGCGGUGCUUACGGCUUUGGGGGAGUUGCGGUUGCUGAGGUUUUGGCUGGGACACGGGGAGGAGGGCUGUGGCCCGCAGCUGGGCACUGCGAUAGUGCAAGGCGUUUGCAGCCUGGCACUGCCCAAAUGGGGGAGUGCCCCCCCCCCCCCCCCCCGCGGGGCUCUGCACCCGCCCGGGGGUGUGAGGCUGUGAACAAUACAGGCAUUUAGCUCAGCAAAAACCGCAGCUAGUUUUUCUGGUGUAGUGGCCAGCAAAGUGGAUCUGGUUGCAAAAGAAGGUGGGGAGGGGCAGCUCUGCAGAGCUCAGGGCUGAGCUUAGCUGCCUGUGGCACUGUGCCGGUGAGCACAGAGCCCCGGUGCUCCUUCAGCAAAAGGGCUCCCUGCCUGCACCGCCCGUUGCUGUGGAUUAAGCUGGGUCUAGGAUUCCUGAUGCUGCUAUCUAGUGGGGGUUUUUAAUCGAAGCACAAGAACUGGUGCCUGGGCCUGCGUCGCGGGGGUUCACACACAGCAGCGAGAGAGGUGCUGCACUGCUGCCUGUGUCCCCGGGGCCAGGCUUUCUUCAGCUCAUCCCUGCGUGUGGCCGAGAUCACCAGCAACCCUUCGCCACAGUGCUCGAGCCAGCGUCCAUCCGGGCUGACUUCCCUCCCGCAAGAGCCUCUGCCAGGCCCCGGGCAGCGGCUGCCUCCAGCCUUGGCGCUUUAGCAGAGCUCCCGGAGCCGCUGGAGCUGCGCUGGCUCAGCUGGUGCGAGGCGCCCUGGCUGCCUGCCCCUGCCCGGCCACGCUCCAGGGCGCCCGAGCCGGCCGCCAGCCCGCAGCUCUUCCACACGGAGCGGCGGUGGCUUUGCCGAGGCGCUGGCUGGAUGGCCCCGGUGGUCCCCACCAGUCACCUGCUGUCCCCAGCCUGUGUGGGGUGGCAGUGGUGGGAGGGGCAGCUCUCAGCUGCAGGGAUGCCCUGAAACACUCUUUCAGCCUCAUUUCUGUUACCAUCUUUUGUUUGUUUCUGGCUUUUGACUGCUUUUUUACUUAAACGUUUCUGUUUGUUUGUAGGGAUUUCUUUAGCAGCUGAAGCUCUCUGUCUCCUUUGACACUUAAGUUUCUCUGAACUAGCUGGACCAGAAUGCAGCUCUGUUUUGUUCCCUUUUGCCUGGGAUUGACACUCCCCCCCCCCCCCCCCCCCCCCCAAAAUAUCCUGCCUAUUGCACAAACUCACUUGACUGCUGCUGUGCUGGAGCAAGGCGUGAGGGGACCGGUGACUGGUGUGUGCUGUCCCUCUUGCCCCCUGUCCUCUGCAGUGUCAGCCCUGUCCUGCCCCACAGCCCCACUGUGCCCUGUUAUUUAUUGGGGAACAUUGUGCUGCCGCUGUCAGCAUCACUCUGAAUGUCUUCGAUUAAACCAAGCCUCUUUUCUGCG